GCCGCCGCCGGCACGGCGAUGCCUAUUUUAGUCAAAGCCGCUGCGGGCGCGGGGACCCAGCCUCGGCCGCAGAGCCUCCGGACCCGCCCGCCGCCCGAGGAUCGCCCGUCGGGAGCGCGUCGAGCCGCCGCGCCCGUAGCCCGCCGCGGACACCCCCAAACUUUGACCGGCGCCGCUCGGGCUCCGUGCCGGGAACAAGCCGGGAAUUUUCAUGAUGAAUUAUACAGAGUCCAGCCCAUUGGCAGAAUCGGCUGCAACAGGUUUUAUACCCGAGUUGGAAAGUAUCAUACCUGUGCCUUCCAAUACAACCACUUGUGAAAACUGGAGAGAGAUACAUCAUCUAGUUUUUCAUGUAGCAAAUGUUUGCUUUGCAAUUGGGUUGCUUAUUCCAACCACUCUUCACCUGCAUAUGAUACUUCUUAGGGGAAUGAUGACUAUGGGUUGUGCCCUUUAUAUCGUGUGGGCCACACUCUACCGCUGUGCCUUGGAUAUAAUGAUCUGGAACUCGGUAUUUUUGGGUGUGAACGUUUUACAUCUUUCAUACCUUUUGUACAAGAAGAGACCGGUAAAGAUCGAAAAGGAGCUCAGUGGCAUCUACCGGCGAUUGUUCGAACCACUGCGGGUGCCUCCAGACUUGUUCAGAAGGUUGACCGGACAGUUUUGCAUGAUCCAGACCCUGAAAAAGGGCCAAACUUAUGCUGCAGAGGAUAAAACCUCAGUUGAUGACCGUCUGAGUAUUCUCCUGAAGGGAAAAAUGAAGGUCUCCUAUCGAGGACAUUUUCUGCAUAACAUUUACCCCUGUGCCUUUAUAGAUUCUCCAGAAUUUAGAUCAACUCAGAUGCACAAAGGUGAAAAAUUCCAGGUCACCAUUGUUGCAGAUGAUAACUGCAGAUUUUUGUGCUGGUCAAGAGAAAGAUUAACCUACUUUCUGGAAUCAGAACCUUUCCUGUAUGAGAUAUUUAGGUAUCUUAUAGGAAAAGACAUUACAAAUAAGCUCUACUCCUUGAAUGAUCCCACCUUAAAUGAUAAAAAGGCCAAGAAGCUGGAGCACCAGCUCAGCCUGUGCACGCAGAUCUCCAUGCUGGAGAUGAGGAACAGCAUUGCCAGCUCCAGCGACAGUGAAGACGGCCUACACCAGUUUCUUCGGGGCUCCUCCAGCGUGUCCUCGCUUCAUGUGUCCUCCCCACACCAGCGAGCCUCUGCCAAGAUGAAGCCAAUCGAAGAGGGGGUGGAAGAUGAUGAUGAGGUCUUUGAACCCGUGUCUCCGAAUACACGCAGAGCCCAUCAGCUGCCUUGACCCAGAGCUGAAGGGAUUGGGACGGAAAUGGCUUGCAGAGAUCACAACAACUACCAGCACUUCCUCAUGGCUUUUAGGUUCUUCUGCUUUAGCACAUCCAGACUGGCAGGGUCUGGGGGUGGGGUCGAGGCGGGAAGCUCAUCCUCCUGUCCUUUUUUUAUUGGUCUGUUGAUUUUAAGCAGUUGUUUUACUGAGCCUUUUGACUAGACCUCAUUCUAUUUUGAGAUACAUAUUUCACAGUAUUUUCUAGAUAUAUUAUUCAAGUUAAAAAAAAAAAAAAAACACCUUGGCGCUCUGUCAAUGCAAAUGCCUUUUUACUUAUUUUUCCAAGUUGUGAUUCUUUUUCCUCACGAUGUUUUUCUCUCCCAUGGCAACGGGGUUAGCUGUUUAAUUUUAACAACCAUCUCAGUUGGAGAUGAAAGCUAAGAUGAUAGUAAAAAGCAAGGAAUCUCAAGCUGCAUUCAGUUGAGGGGGUGGGAGGUGGGGAUUGGAGAGAAAGAUGGGAUUUGACUACUUUCGUUUUUCUUUCAUGCCAGGAUGGUUUCUCACAGCUCACCUUACUUCUCUGGGCUUUGGGUAGAUGGUUUGAUAAUGAUCCAGGCUCAAUAGACUUAACUCAUGUUACCCUCAUAUUAUGCCGGUUUGUAAACUGGUCUGCAACCUGAUGCUAGAAAGAUAAGGAACGGAAGCAUCUCUGAGCUUGGUGUCAGCCUUCAGCAAACUGUAAGGGGCCGGUGGGUUGGCGCCAUCUUUUCCCAUUUCCCUGGUGUGGGAAACGCUUUACUUAGGGUGGAAGGUCGGGAAGUCCAAUGGCCGAGAGGUCAGCUGCAUCCCCGGGGCUGUGUUUUGAAGUUCCAGACUGUUCCCCAAGGGGCAUAAGUGUGUCUUCAAAGGAUGUGCCAGAUAUCACAGUGCCAUGGUGGAAGGCACAAACCCAGCGGUAGGCCACACAGGUCAGCUCGGGCAGUGCUGUGAACACCCAGCCCAGUGGCGCUCUGAGGGCCUGGCCUUGUCCGUCUGCCCCGCUAGAAUCCCAUUCUCAGAGACAGCAGUAUUUGGUGGGAAGUGAAACGGAAAUUGUCCAGCUCUAGGCAGCGUGGCUGGCUGGCACUUGGGCAGCCACACGUUUGAGUGGAGCCCUUUGGUUGGCUGUGCUUCUUGUGCCUCGUUGUUGAUUUUAUUUCAUCGCUAGAAGCAACUUUGAGUGAGUCCCUGGUACAGGAAAAGUUCCAGAUGAAAUGAUGUCCAGGUGGACUGAGCCCAGAGAAGCUUUCUCUUGCUAUGAGAUCAUUUCUGUUGAAGUAUGGAAACAUCCUAAGCUGGGGUCACCUCAUUUUCCCAAAUCCAUUUCUUGGUGACAGUUAUUUUAGGAAUUUCACCUGAGUCAGACUUUCUAAGUCGGACUUCUCUGGGAAAAUGUACACAGACUGGGCCUGUGGCUCUGCUGUCAGUCUCAAAGCUUGGCUCCCUAACAUCCCCCCCCCAACCCCCGAAAGAAGGCCGGCUUCACUUUACUCCUUAAUGCUCUUCAGUGUGCUAAGUUAGGAACUUAUUGAGGAGAAAUGAAGCAAAGGGGAAUGACUUAGCCUCAGGGUUAGGGACCGUAAGGCUCUGUGCUGGACAGCACCUGCAUCGCUGAUCGGGGAGCGCCAGCCUUGUUUCCUCUCAACCAUCAGGUGAGGUCAGGCAGCCCACAGAAGACCAAUUUCCGGAGUCACUCUGCAGAGUAGUCAAGACGACCUCCCCUGAGUAGAAAGGCACUUUGGGUCCUGCGAUGGCUACGUCUCUGAUGUUUCUCAGGUUCUGUGGAUCCAGAGAAGAAUGGAAUUCUUGUACCAUCCCAUCUUUAGGGUCAUUUCACUUUUUCCCUGUAGGAGGUCGUGUGCAAUGAUAAGCCUGAUUGUGUUUGGAGGUUAUUUCUGUAGCCCUGGGAACAAACCUGUUUGAAAAGCACACUGCUAAAUGCAGGUGAUAGAAAAGCAUUUAUUGUUUUUAGGAGAGUUUGUGUAUAUCUGUCAAUGCUUUUGAAGAUUCUAAUCUCAACGUUAGGAAUCUUAAAAGAGGCACUCAACCUGAAUGAGAAACUUGAAACUGUUUUUAAACACACACCUCUAAGAAAGACAGUGAGACUCAGAAAAGGAGCUGAAAGCCAUGGAGCAGCCCUCCCACGUAGACUGGAUCACAAAGCAGCAGAGAAGAAAACAGACAGGCUGUAAGUGUGAGAGCGCCCAUAGAUGACUUUAACUCCAUUUAUACAAUUGAACAAGUGUAUCUGUGUGUAAUGCAUUCGCCCAUAGAUAAAAACACAUUUGCUACCAAGCCCCCGAGAAGAUGUCUCUUAGGUCCUUUGGCGUUCACUUAGCUGUGUGACUAAGGUUCAGAAAGUGUUCUGCAAACAUUGUUCUAGAUAGGACCCCAAGUGAACUGGGCUUAACACCUACUCAGUUGUAUGAAUCCAAUUGUAAUGUUCAUACUAGAAUGUAUGUGUCCUUUAAAAUAUUUGUAUUUAUAAAAAUAAUAGUACAGACACGGCGUAAAUCCUCAAUGGUAUUUACAUAUCUGAAAUUAGUAAGAAUGGGUGCUAUAUAAUUUUCAGUCCUCAUCCUUAACUUUCUGGAAUCUUCCAUUCCUCCUUGUCAACUCAAUUGCACUUUAAUCAUUGGACACCUUUGUGCUUUGCUGCGAACCGUGUGCACCAGGGGACAUCACCUUCUUUGUAUCGGGUCCUCCUUCCACAUAUGUGAAGCUUUUCUGAUUUUAUAACUUGGAGCUGCCAGUUCCUGCCUCCCAGGUCCCCUCAUGGCCCCAACAGCUGAAUCACUUGGAUGCCAGGAAACCUGAUGUCACCUACACAGUGCCCUUUCCCCAGUGCACCAUGUAGUAACUUGUCCGUCCAGCAAAUGUCAUGCUAACGUGUGGUGGCUCCCAGCCGAGCCCAAGUCUUGCUGGUCAGUCCCUACCUGUGGGGGUCGGUGCUCUCCUCCCAGCUGCCCCCUCCCUGGGGUACAACUCCAUGAAUCUACCUUUUUUAAAAAAAUAUAUUUUCUUGGUCAUUUCUAAAGCUGUGCUGUGGCUAGUUGGAUCCUGCCAUGCCUUUGUUUCCUUUCCCUUCCCUCUUGAACCCUGGUUUCCCAACUUCCUUUUUCAAUAUUUCCAACUGGAGUGAUUGGGAAUCUCCACCUAUUCAACUCUGAAUUCCAAGGAUUUGGAAUGUGGGAUGCCAUACAUGGAACCUGAGGUUGAGGCACCAUCACUGCUUUUGAUUCUGCCCAUCAUGGAGCAACAUUUUCUCACUGAUAGUAGCCCUUUUUGAUUGUCACAGAAUCCCCCAAAUACCUGUGCAUAGUAGCAUAAUGUAGAUGUCAUAAAUCUAAGAAACUCACUUUUAAGUACAAAUUAGGUUUUUAUGUUGCACUUGUAACCUAGUUUUAAAGUCUAUAAGGAUUUAUAUGACACAUGAGUUAUAGGAAACUCAUUCUGUUUUUAGGUGCCAUUUACAUUGAUAUCAUUUCCUCUAGAAUAAAGAUACAUUAUGUCUGACUAGAGCCUUAUAGUUUAAAAUAUAU